AUGAACCAAGAUGUUCACAUAAAGCUGAAAUUUCAAAUUAUCGCAAUAUUUGCCAUUUGUACCAUAGACUGUAUAAUAUUAAACAAGAAUCCUAUACAUGAGGGAUUCAUUACACAUCAUUUUGGAAAUGACUAUAAAACCUUCCAACUGAGGGAUUCCUUAAUAGUGGAACCACCUUUUGACCCGGGAGGAAUCAUAGUGCAAAAGGAACACUUUAGAGAUUUAAAGAAUGUAUUCUUUUUCAACGUCGCACAUAAACUUAAGGAAGGAAGGAAGCUGCUUGACUUAUUUACAGUGCCUGUAAGUAAACAAAAACUGGCAUUAGAACAUUUAAACUCAUAUUUUACUAGUAAUUUUUCUACCAAAAGUAAAGAAUUGGCUGAGAUCGCGUCGGACUUUGAAAAAUCAAAAUGUGAAAUAAAGGAAACAGUGAGGAAAAUUGGAGAUGUCUUUCUUUCAGAAAUUGAGGAUAAAUUUGAAUAUGUAGAAAAUAUUACUGAUCUCGAGGUUCUAAAUAGGCAGGUUGAACUUUUAUAUGGAGCUGAUUUAAUGGCCUCAUACAUUCUUCUGUUUACUCCAAGGUGUGUUAGAAGUCUUCUAUAUAAGUACAUUUGGAGUGAUCAUGCCUUUAUAGACUCUGAUAAGGAGUAUCUGUGUUGUAACUGGGUGGUUAACGGAGGAGUUCAUGACACUGAACUGCAUAAAAACUUUAGUUUAGAUGAACUUACAAAUGAGGAUUUGGUAGAUAUAAUAAGGUUACAUAAAAAUUAUUUAAAAUUUGUGAAAGUAAGGUCCCGGAAAGUUUUGAGGACUUUGGAUAGGAAAUCACUGAUUUCAAUUUUUCAAACUAUACUAAUGAAAACGGUUUGGGCACACUAUAUUCAUGAACCUUCAAAUAUAUCAAUAGAGAAUAAGAAGGAUAAGAAAGAAGAGGCUAGUGAUAAAGGUGAAAGUUUAAGAUUCGAUAGAGAAGAGGAAGAGGAGGAUGAAGAAUUUGGCGGGAAGGGACAUUUGGAUAGUAUAUAUAAUUGGAUAAUGAAGUAUAAAAAUAGACCAAAUAUUGACAUAAAACGAAUACGAUAUAUUGAGAAUAACGAAUCUAACAGUUUGAAAGAUACAUUAAAAACACUAGGCAAACUGUUAACUGCGACUAAAGAAAACCUCAGCAAAAUUAACAAGUCUCUGUAUAACCACUACAAGAGAAUGAGAAAACGUAAAAUAAAAGAAAUAGACUUUGAAACAUAUGUGAAGGAGGAAGCUAAAAGAGAAACCGAAGAGAUAAAGGAUUCGAUAGAAGUACUUAUAAAUUAUUACAAGGAAAAUUUGGAUGGCCUGAGUGGAUUGUACGGGAGAAUAAAAAAAGAGGAAAAUGUUAAGUUCAUGAAUAACUUGAUAGAAUACGAAAAAUAUGACCUGCUGAAUCUACUAUUGAUAUAUUUACCAGCGUUGCCUGAACUUAAACAAAUCACAGAUAAACAGGUCUACCUAAACUAUGUGACCCUGAGUAAGGUAACAUUGGUUAAAUUAGUCUAUCUAGCAAUGAUCAGAACAAGCCCAGUAUAUGUGCCAUUUAUUAACCACUAUUAUUCACUAAUAGAUAGUGAGGAAACUGAUAUUGAUGAGACUAAAUUAGCUAAGGAACGGGAAGAGAUUUUAAAGAAACACGCUGAGAACCCUACCACCAUUGAUGACACCUUGGUGUUUGAGUUGGAAGAAAUUGAUACAGUAAUUAAUAAACUAAGUGAAGUGGAUCCGCUGAGUGGGAAGAAAACUGUAAACCUGAGAAAGAUGAAGUUAGAUGAUAAUGUAAGGGAAGUAGUACUAUUGGGUACUGGAAGAACUGAACAAGUGACUAAAUCGAUCCUAAAACACCCACCACACUUUCAAAUUGUACUAAAGCUGUUAAGUAAGAAAACUUAUUCGAAUGAUGCUUUAAAAGAAAAUUUGGACUAUCUUAAACAAAAUUAUGGAAAUCGAGCCCAAGUCCGUGUCAACGCUGAGGAUGAAAAUUAUCAACCCAGAUCAUCUGAAUCUGAAGAGUUGAAGAAAAUAAUAAGGAGUAAAAGACUUGAAAAUGUGCUGAGCCUUUUAAACAAAGAUGAAUUAGACCAACUUUAUUCUCAGUUUCUAAAAUACAUUUACCCGUUCAGUAUUGUUAGUAAGGAGGAUUUAGGUGCAGAUUUAGAUGAAGUGCUAGGUCAACGAGUGUUAGGAGAUGAGUUACUGGGAGAUGAGAAUUUUCAUAUAGUAUAUAAUAGUGAUCUACUAAAUGUUAUGAAGGGUGAUAUUAAGUCAGAACAAGACGUGAUUGGGAUCAUGAAAAACUACUUAAUCUCAAUCAAAAAUAGAGUUUGUGAUACUGUUAAAGACUCAGUGCUAUCAUUUCUAUCAUGCUCUAAUCCAGAUUCUGAAGAGAAGAUAAAGGAAUUAUCAGAAAAGAGCGAUGUUGAAGUGAUAAAUGAAUUCAAGAAACAUUUAAAUGAUAUGGAACAAGAUCCAAAUAAUUUGAGAAUUGAAUAUAAAGUAUCACAGGAUUCUAAACCAAAAGAUAGUUACUUUAAAAGGACUAAAAACGUGUUUACCAUUUUACCAACAAAAUCUAAGAGAGAUAAUUAUAGACUAAGAGACUCUAAACUGUAUAGUACAGAGGAAGAUAUUAUGUUCAUAAAACAGCCAUUUUCAGACAUUGAUGAUGAAAUUGGUACUGUUAACACAGUUGGUGGUGAGAGGGUGGUAUUUAAGAGGAAGAAAGAAGAACCUUCAAUUGAUGAUAUGUACAAGUUUAUUUUGUCUAGAAACAUGACUAAUGCCCAGCGAAAUAGGAUAGAAAAGUUAAAUUUUAGUGAAAACGCAAUUGAAAACUGGACAAAACUGGGGCUGAAUAAAACGAUGGCAAUCUCAGCGUUAUCAUACCUUUCACAUAACUAUGGGAAUAGUCUUGAUAACAUGGUGUUUAAGCCGAGUCUUAUACAGAAAUUAGGUAUUGAAGAGGUUUUGAAUAAAAGUAGAAAGAAUCUGGUAAUUUCAGGAGCAGUUGGGGGUGGCAAAACCUUGACAUACUUACUGCCAAUACUACAAAGAUUAAAAGAGGAUGAGUUAACUAAGUUGAGAGAACCCUCAUCACCGAGAUGUUUAAUUAUAACUCCAACGACAGAGUUGUGUUCAGAAAUAUUCACUGCGGUAAAGAAACUAUCACAUCUGGUGAAGAUAACUGGGUUGCAAGUCUCAAAAGGAGUCAACAGUAAAACUAUAAAGGAUAAACUUAAAGGAUUAGUAGAUGUGGUAGUUGCAACGCCGUCGAGAUUACUAAAAUUUAGGAAACAUUUAAAAUUCAAUAAGCUUAAAUACGUGGUGUUGGAAGAGUCAGACUGUUUGUUUAAUGAGGGUUUCUUCCCAUUAGUCUACACAAUUUUACAGCAGAUACCAAAUUACUCACAUAUCAAUAAAGAAAAGAGCGCUGAAACUCAAAUCAUACAAGUGGCUUCAAAUAUCAAUUAUUUGAAGUUCUUUGAAUCCAUACAUAAGUCAUUCACAAAGUUUGUCAACAAAUCCACUAGUGAUAGUGGCACCAGUAAUAGUACUGAUGCUAAUGAAGAAAAGGAUGUGGAAAGGAUAAAUUUGGUAAAGUUGUUUGGAAAACAUAAGAAGAGACUUGAGUUGUAUGAACACAUUGUUAGUUACUACUUUAAACCGCUGGAAAAUGAACGCAAAACCAGUAACCGUUCAAAUGUCAGGAACAAUAUGUUUGACUAUAAUAAAAGGAUAAUUGAGGACCUGAUUAACAGCCAUAAGGUUGUGGAUGAAGUUGGAAUUACCAGACCAUCGAAAGGAGUAAAACACAUGUUUAUACCAGUGGAAAAGGAUAAAGUUAGAACACUAAUCAAUAUUCUUAAAUAUGAUAUAAAGUACCCAAUAACCAAGGAUUCAACUGGUACUACGAACAAUGAUAUAGAUGAAACAUCCAAUAAUUCAUCCAUAAAAAGGAAGAAAAUAAUUGUAUUUUGUAGGAAAGUUGACGCAGUUAGAGCUGUAGAUCAUUAUUUAACAGAGUCAGGGUUUGCCCCAAUGUCAGUUCAUAGUAAAAUGCCAUUUGAGAAAAGACAAGCUAAUUUCAAGAAAUUCGGAGAAGCUAAUAAUGCAAUACUAGUAACAACAGAAUUAAUGAGUCGAGGACUUAACUUGGAUGUUGAUAUUGUGAUCCUAUUUGACUUCCCAUUAAACCCAAAUGAAUACAUACGAAAAUCAUCACUUCUAAUGCAUUCUCCUCUGUUAUACACACUCACUACAGAAAAAUCACAUGAUUUUAGUCAAUAUAGUUCAAAUAAUAAUUUUUUGGAAAAUUUGAACCAGGGUGAUAAUUCCGUUGUUACGGGUAGACAGUUUGCAAAUUGUUGGGAUACUCAAUUUGAUUAUAUGACUCCCAGUAACCUUUUGAUUGCAGAGAAAAGGUGUAUAGGCCUAAUUGAUAAGAAGGAUCAAGUGUUGAGUGAAGCAAUAAAAAGAAGUUUAAGUAUUGAUUACUUCCCAAUAAAUAGACUAAGUUCCAGGAAAAAGGAUUAUAACCAGAUUACAGGAACCCUCAAGUAUUUAACCCAAGCAGGAGGAUAUUUUAAGUUCAUGAACCACUUACGUAAAUUGCAAGUUAAAGGCACGUUUAAUCCAGAGGAUAUGUACAAAUAUCUGGAUGAUUUCAGAAUAAUAGUAAAGGAACAGUUUGUUAACAGUUUUAAGAAGGUGAAGCUGAGGCGUUUGAAAAUUUGUAAGAGGAGGAGAGAACUGAUGAGGAAACUUAAGAUGUUGAAGAAAUGGAAUAAAGCAAUCAGGUUAAAACAGAGAAUAAUCUCAGAAAUUGACCGUAAGAAGAGGACAAAGGAUUACAUUUACGUCAACUUUACAAAGGAUGAGAGGAGUUGCCCACCACUAAAGCUAAAGGAGAUAAAGAAAGUACGCUUUGAAAUCCUUAAACUAAAGCUUCUUAAAGGUUCAAAUUCUGAAAAACUACUCAAAAGAUCACUAAACCAGAUCCUUAAAUUCAUUAAUAGACUCCAAAUCAAGUUAAUUAAUCACAGACGUCUAACCCAAGAUGAAACCCAAGAAGCUGAACCUGUACCUGAAGCUGAACUUAGAUUUAAGUUUAUUGAAAUUGCGAAAAGUGAUAACAUUGAUAAAAAGGUCAAAAGAAUAUGUUCUUUAAUAUAA